AUGGCAUCCAGCGAACUGCACGACGUCGUCUGGACCAAGACGAAGCCACCAGAUGCGCCCAGUAGAUCCCGCCUCGACGGCGUUAACAUCGCCAUGCUCACCCUUGCUUCCUUCAUCUUCGCCACUCGCACUGUUCUUCGGAUCGGUGGGAAAAAGGCAACGGAGGCGCAGGAUAUCCUUAGUUAUAUGGCGUACGUGUGCUACGUGCUCAUGGUAGUCAUGUAUCUGCAGGAAAACGAUCCUUUGUAUCGUGCUGAGAUCAUGUUUCUUCCAUUCCGAAUAACUUGGAACCUUCGUCUUCCAGGAAUUCAGAAGGCUGGUAUUUUUGUACUUUUUGGCAGCGGCUGGAUAUGCAUUCUGUUCGCAACUCUCCGUGUUGUCCAAGUCAGUACAAACAACGGCAUCCCAAAAAUACCCGAUCCGAAGUGGCUACAAAUGUGGACCAUUAUUGAGACGUCAAUGGCUGUGAUAAUUGGAUGUGGUCCCGCUUUCAAUGCGCUUUGCCCCCGAUAUCGUGCCCAGAACGCACGAAGACGCUCAAUUAAUUUAGAAGAUAUCAAAGAGCCUGAUUUAGCAACUAGGUCCAAUGGAGAAACUAGUCAAAUAUAA